CUUGGAGUAUAUUUGUCUGUCGCCUCGAUUUCAAGACAGGCCAAGGCAACUUUAAUUUCAGGCCAACAAUUACGCGUGCUACACUCCAACUAAAUUACGAUGAGUCGUGUUAUCCACGUUCAGACCAAGGAGGAAUGGCAAAGCCACUUGGCGGAGUCGCGGUCCUUUGGUGGGAAGGCAUUCGUCGUUGAUUUCACUGCGAAAUGGUGCGGACCCUGCCAGCGCGUUGCACCCGUCUAUGACAAGCUGUCAAACGACAAUCCAGGGCUGACAUUCCUGAAGGUGGACGUGGAUGAGCUACAGGAAGUUGCUUCCGAGUGCGGUGUUAGCGCCAUGCCGACCUUUAUGGGGUACUUCAAUGGCGAGAAGGUCGAGACAAUCGUGGGAGCGGAUCUCGCGAAACUUAAUGCCCUGAUCGCCACGCUCAACGCCAAGGCUGGCGCUGGCGCGGGUCAGAAGCUGGGCGGGGAGGCUGCUGCGGACGACUCUCCUGAGGCGCGCCGUGCGCGAAUGCUAGCUGCAGCGGAGGCCCGCAAUAAGGCCGCAUAAGUUCACGCAGCCAGCUUGUGUGAUUUGCAUGAACGACCGAGGCAUGGCUCUGCUGCUGCGGACUGCCGCUGCAUGUUGCAUGAUGAUACACGAGGAGUGCUGUCUGAAGAGGCACCUGCAUCAGUCAUGGACGUGUGUUAUACACUGCAUAUUUGUAAAAUCUUCGUUGCAUUC